AUGCAGCUCCCCAGCGCCCUUAUCCUCACGACAUUAUUCGCCUCAUUCGCCAUGAGUGCCCGCGCAGUUUACCCCCCUCCCAAUGAUUAUAUCAUGAGCAUGGGACUCGACUGGGCAAAUAACUAUCUGUCGGUCUAUAACUCCAAAGGCGAGGACGCAUUCCGUUGGUACAAGGAUUACCGCAGAAUCAGAGGGUCCUCGACGACUACACUUGCGGACGGAUCUUCCAGACCGUUGUUUAAACUUGAAUCGACGAACGAUUAUUGCCGCCACAAUAAACGCUUUUUACAGUACAACGGCCAAGCAUGGGCUGAACGGGAUUACAGGCUUCAAAUCAGAGACCACAGAGCCGACAUGUGGCACUUCAACUACCCCGAUAAAUCUGGUGUCAGAAGGUACUACAGAUUCAACAAGAACUCUUCCAACAUGGGCGGUCGGAUCUAUAGGGUGGCCCGGGGACAAAAGGAUGUAUUAGAAGGAUUAUUGAGGACCAAUGUGCGCUACGACAAAUGGUGGAACGACCCCAAAGGCCGGAACACGUUUACCCUCUCGAUUGUUGAUGAGGCACCAGUGCCCGAAAUGGUCAUGUUGAUGGCCUUGGUACUCGAACACUCCAUUUUGUGCAGAGGGACGUAAAACUGAACCCUCUUUAUGUGCCUAUUGCUCCUUCC